AAGAUGGCGGCGCCCGGGCGGCGGCGGCCGUGUCUUCGCCGCCGGGUUCUUCCCUGCUUGUGAGCGUCGCGGCCCAUGAAGCCCCAGGCAUGGGCUUUCCGCCGCCGCCCCCUCUCCUCCUGGGGCUCCUUGUUCUGCAGGGAGCACUGAGGCCGCUGCGGGGGGACCUGGUUUUCAUCCCGUCUUUGAUCCGAAUGUCCGGCCCUGCGGUCAGCGCGACCCUGGUCGGAGGCACCGAGGAUGUGGCCGUGACCCUGGCCGCGCUGCAGGCCGAGGCGGGAAUGCUGCCGGGCCCGGCCUGCGGAUCGCCGCCCAGCAACGAGACGGCCGCCUGGAGCCUGACCACGACCCCGGCUGUGGUGAGGGACUCGUUGGAGGUGACGGUCAGAUGGAAGGGAGGCCCGUGUUCCUCCUGGGAGACAGAGCCCUUCCCCGAGUCCCCGUGCCUGGUGCAGACCCUCCUGGUGUCGGCGGCUCACAACGCCACCUGCUUAGCACACGUGCUCAUCCUGGUGGAGAUCUACGCCAACUCUUCCCUGACGCCACACGCAUCAGAGAAUGUGACUGUUAUUCCCAACCAAGUGUAUCAGCCCCUGGGGCCUUGUCCUUGUAAUUUGACAGCCGGGGCCUGUGACAUCCGCUGCUGUUGUGACCAGGAGUGCUCGGCGGAGGUCCGGGAGCUGUUCGGGCAGUCCUGUCUCAGCGGUGUUUUCGGCGGGGACGUCAGUCCUCUCUUUGACCAGCUCUGCUCCGCUGGGUCGGCACAGCAGGUCCCGGACUGGUUUCCCUUGCUCUGUGUGCAGUCGCCCUUGGCCAAUUCGCCCUUCCUCGGCUACUUCUAUCACGGCUCUGUCUCCCAGAGACCCCACGCUGCCUCGCAAGUGCAUCUGCACACUGAGCCAAAAGACUCCUCGCACUUUGGUUACAAACAAGGAGACGCCAUCGUGACUCUGGAUAAGGCAUACCUUACCGUUCCACAGGUGUCCCUGGCCGGCCAGUGUAUGCAGAAUGCCCCAGUGGCGUUCCUGCAGAAUUUUGAUGUCAGAUGCACCACCCAUCUGGAAGCAUACCAAGAGCGAGAUGGAACCAUCAACAUGAAGAUAAGGAAUGGGACCGUAGGAGGCAGAGUUAGAGAGAGAGAGAGAGACAAAGGUCUUCCUUUUUCCGUUGGUUCAUCCCGCAAGUGGCCGCCACUUCCAGUGCACUGUGCUGAUCCGAAGCCAGGAGGCAUAGUUACUCCAAAAGUAACCUACGAGGAAGCAACUGACCUGGGCAAAUACAUCAGCACUACAGAAACACUCUUAGGUAACGGGUCCGCCCCCAGAAACGUGACCGUGGAAGAGCAUUACGUCUUCAGAUGGAACAACAAUACAAUCAGUGAAGUGAACGUUAGAGUCAUUAGGGCGGAAGUCAGUGCCUCCUGGAAAGGAACCAUGACACAGAGGUUUACAGUGCAGUUUUUAAGUUAUAACAGUGGCGGCGAGAAGGAAUAUUCUGGAAAUCCAGGUUACCAGCUUGGCAGGCCUGUCCGGGCUCUGAACACCGACAGGCUAAAUAAUGUCACGAGUUUAUACGUCUGGCAGCCAGCUGGAAGGGGUUUGUGUACGUCGGCGACUUUGAGACCCAUUUUAUUUGGAGAAGAUGCGUCGUCUGGGUGCCUGUUAGAAGUCGGGAUCCGUGAGAACUGUACCGCGCUCCGGGAGAAUGUUGUUGAAAGACUAAGUUCACUAAUACAAGCAACGCAUGUGGCAACAAGAGGCAACUCUGACUACAGCGACCUCAGUGAUGGCUGGCUUGAGAUCAUACGUGUGGACGCCCCCGGUGCAGGUGCGGACCCGCCCACCAGCGCCAGCGGCCUCUGCCUGGACGUCCCCGCCCAGCUGAGUGUGCGCAUCCUCAUCGCAGAGGCUGGCGCGGUGCAGGGGCUCAUCCAGCAGGAGAUACUCGGCGUGGAGACCAGGUUCUCCACGGUGAACUGGCAGUACCAGUGUGGCCUGACCUGUGAGGACAAGGCCGGCCUCCUCCCCCUCGGCGUGUCAGUCCGAUUCAUUAAGAUACCCGCGCAGCCACCCCGCCCUCUGACAAGAUUCCAGAUCAACUUUACAGAGUACGACUGUACCAGAAACGAGGUGUGCUGGCCACAACUUCUAUAUCCACUGACCGGGUAUUAUCAAGGGGAGCCGUACUCUCAGUGCGUGGCCAAGGGCUUGCUGCUGGCCUCGUUCCUCCUGCUGGCCGCCUUCCUCAGUAACCCCUGCACCAGAAUAUGCCAGGCCUGACCCCGCAGAGACCACAGGCCUUUCCCCAAGUGCGUGCCUCUGCAAACUUUAAUAAAUGAGACGUUUAUUUAG